AUGCUCUUUGGCGACAGCGAUGCAAUGCGAACCAUCCAUGGGACGAUUUACCAACUCCGCAACAACGACACCGCUUCGGUUUUAAUUACAGGGGAAACCGGCGUCGGGAAGGAAGUGGUUGCACGAGCUAUUCAUGCCGGAGGACCACGGGCAUCAACACCAUUUGUGCCGGUCAAUUGCGGUGCGACUCCCUCUACACUGUGGGAGUCCGCCUUUUUCGGUCAUGUCCGUGGCGCGUUCACUGGAGCGACGGAGGAUCAUAAAGGGCACCUUGAAAGUGCCGACGGCGGGACACUGUUUCUCGACGAAGUCGGUGAUAUGCCAAUCGAAAACCAAGUCAAACUCCUUCGCGUUCUGGAGGAUGGUGUCGUCAUGCCGGUCGGCGCAACGGUGAGCAAAAAGGUGGAUAUCCGGGUGAUAGCAGCCACCAAUUCGGGGUCUAUCAGCAAAGACGGAUGCAAAAUUGUUUCGGUCAGAUCUCUACCAUCGUUUGACUGGUAUGAUAAUUUGGAUUCCGCCGCUACGCGAGCGAGAGGAGGAUAUCCUCCCUAUAGCCAAAUACUAUCUGAAUGA